AUGUUAGAAGCUGCCUUAAAGUUGCAAAGAGGGUUUGAUAGGUUGGAAGAUGAGGCGGCAGACUAUGCACCUUACUUUCAUCAAAGUGGUGGUGAUCGUGAUGAUGGUAUUUUGAAAAAGAAGAAAAGAAAGGUUGAAGAAGAGGAAAUCUCCACUAAAAAAAAGUUGAAGCCUCAAACCGCAGCAAAUUGGGAGUAUGCAAGAGCUUUUGUGAAGUUCUUGAAAAGAUUUUACGAGGAAACCUUAAAGUUUAGUGCAUAUAAGACAGUUACUUCAAUAUCCCCUUCAAUGAGAUGCUUUCUAUUGUUGAUGAGUUGA